AUGGCAAUGUUCCUCAUCAUCGCAGCAGGCCAGGCCAGUCUUUUUCGUCUCAGUCUCCCCAUCGUUCUGUGGCAACAAAAGGUGGCUGAGCCUCGUUCUUUCCCUGUUCAGCGUGGUUCUGCACGCACACCUGCAUCAGGUUGCGUCACAAGUGUGUAUUUUGGCAGGGCCGCUCCUGCAGGCAGCGGUUUUGCGACAAGCUCUGAGCCAGUAGUAAUCGCGCUGGAGCGGAUUGGAUCCUGCUACGUUUGA